UUUUGAGUCAGUUUUAUUAUUCCCCGUGGUCGCGCACGAUAUGUUAGGGAUAUGUCAUGUUCGUAGUACAUUAGCGUCCGAUAAUACCGUUCUCCGCCCUUUAAGUAAUGUACUUGGUUAUGGCCGACAGGCUCGGGGGUGCCCGUGGCGGGGGUGUGUGGUCUAGCACCUGCUCGUGUGUGGUCGCUGUCGCGUUCCGUGAUUGUCCCCUCGUCUCGUUGUUGUAUCGAUCCCUUCGAUUUGGUCGACUUCUCCCAUCGUGCGCGUGAAACGUUUCGUCCUCGAGAUGUAUCGCAUUAGGUGUGGUGUGAUUUUGGGGGAUGAGAGGAGCUUUGUGAUAUCCCGCGUGUUCGGGCCGCCGUCUUCGUUCAUCAGUCGACGUGCUGCUUCGUGUGCCGGACAGGCGAGUAGAUAGUGGGCGACCGUCUCGUUCUCUAGUUGGCAGGCCUGACAUCUCGGAGAUUCGUUCUUUCCUAUGCGAUGUAGGUGGCUGGCGAGUGGGGCGUGUCCCGUGCGGAGUUGGGUGAGGAUCGAUGCUUGAGACGACUGAUUUGAUAGGCAAUGAAUACCGAAGCGAAAUAACCUAUUAGUCAAGCUCAGCGAGUGUCCGAACACAUCGAAAGUAUCCCAAUAAUAUCGCAUUGACCAAGCCAUUCAUUGUCAUAUGGCAAGUAGGCCGGAUGACGUGCGCACAUGCACCAUGAUGCACGACUGACAUUUGGUUGUUCGGAGAUCUCAGUUCAAGAACAUCGUUAUGUUCCAGAAGGCCCAGAAUGGGAGGCCCAGGACAUGGCAGAUCGUACCUUGCAUAGUUGCUGUAGGGUUCAUCUACCAGCUGAGCAGAGGUCGCCGCCGCGGAAAGGGAAAUCGCAGUGAACUCGAAAUGACGUCACUGUGCAUAGUUGCUCCUAUUCGACUCUCUCUUCCCAACCUUUCAGUCGCCCUCUUGCUCUCGGGUGUCGGGUCUAUAUCAACGGCGCUCGACGCGAUAUGCGUCAUACGAGGCUCAAUCAAGAGCCGUUGGCAGAUAUUCUGUGGACAUCACCGCACAGUCUCCUCGAGUGUCAAAUGCAGCAAUGAAAUGACCGCCUUGCCAGCAAUUGUACCUAGAUGUCCCUUGAUCCUGCUCUCAACACUCAGAAUAUGUCGAAAUUCAUGCUUCGGCGACAGCGGCUUGCUUUUGAAACGCUGUUAAACUUCAUCAGCCAUGGCAAGCGUGGUCAAAUUAGACGUUUCCGCCAGACGCUCGGAGGCCGUCGGGCUUCUCAGUCUCGAGCAGAAAGAUGACAAUGCCUCAAGGGUCGGGAUAUCUCGUACGACCGUGCCGCUCUCUAUAAAAGACCUGCAACACCGCUGGCAGUCUCCAGCAAACUCACAACAGUUGCUUUAACAUCAGCAUGCGGUUCAGCGGUCUCUUCUCUGCCCUCGCGGUCGUCUCGGCGGUGUCUGCGCAGUCCUACAACGCACAGUCCAUCACGAAUGCGAUGUCGUUGACUGCGCAGAACCACUACGGCGCGCCGACCCCUCCCUGGGUCACCGGCCACACCCCGGGCUGGUACUACGGCCAGCACGGCCCGCCCGAUGGAGUGAUCCUCUUCCUGGAAGGAAUCCUCUGCGAGCUGCUCGACCUCUUCCCGUUCUGUCUGCACUGCCCGAGCCCGCCCAAGGCGCCGCCGCACGGAUCGCCGCCGCCGCCGCCCGAGUUCAAGCAGUCGUUCUACAACCUGACGUGCGCGGCGCAGGACGCGAGCUACAUGACCUACGGCCUGGUCGACACGGUGGCCGACUGCCAGACGAUGUGCGACACGGUGCCGGGAUGCAACUUCUACAACUCGUACCACGACGUGAACGGGAAGAACGGCAGCCCGCAGCUGACGUGCGCGCUCUUCUCGGCGUCGUGCCUCAACGCCACCAGCGCGGACAACUGUGGCGGCCAGACGCAGCCGGACGGCAGCAUCGACUAUAUCAUCAACUCCGACGGGUACUGCCGCAACACGCCGUCGAAGCCGUCCAACCCGUCCAACCCGUACAAACCCACCCACGGCUGGUAAGCGGCCGGGUGGCCUCCAGAAUAGCUAGCGAGCGAACAAUAGUUCUUUUUUUCUUUCUUUCUUCUAAUUGUCUCGUGUGGUAUUGGUUAUGGACUGGUGUUGAAUAUAUUCAUGUUGUUGUCUCAUGAGAUCUGUGAGAUGCAUCUCGACCAUGCUCUGCGCACACUUGGGGCAAACGGCGCGACGGCCUGCUCUCUAUUCAUUUUUCCUCCAUCCGCUCCCCCAAAACUGCACGCUCCUCUGCUUGGCCUGUCACGGAUCUGAGCCACACGACUGUUGGUGGCUCACGGAUGUGCUUCAACAAGGAGGAGAUCUUGUGAUAUGACGAAAGAAAGAUUGAUACCGGAGGUCGAUGCGGUGAUGCUGUGUGCUGGGUCUGCGGGGCGACUGCGGUUGAGAGUGUAUUUCUCAGGAGACGCCUUGGAUGUCGAGGACGACGUCCCGAAGGCUGCUUGCUCCUGCUCCCCCAGCCGUUGAAGGCUAGAUCCGUGGCCAAGAAUCUUGAUGUCACCCGUGCGUCAGCCAGUCUGUGUCCGGAGAUACAAGAGAUCCAGAAAGCCGACUGGUGGAUUCCAUUGGCCCGAUCAAUACCUCUGCAGUGUGUGUGCAGCAGUUUCGACCAAUAGGCCGUGAUAAGACGCCUCGCAUGCCAUUGGACGACGCCCGUGAGCGGUGCCGCGAAGACCCGCAGCCGAUUCGCAGGGAAUAAAGAUUAGCAGCUAAAUUGAUUUGGUUGCCCAAGUCGGCCGGACGGAUGUGCCGAUGCCCUAAGCACUCACGGAAGGAGAAGCCCGCGCGCCCAGUGCUGUCCUGGCGUGUCUCGCUAUUAGGACCGCGGUUGUGACGUGCCUUCGAAUAUCAUGGGACAUGGAAGUCUCAUGUGAGAGAUUCUUGCGGUGUGCUGCUUCAUGGGGACAUAACGUACGCGAGCUGCCGGCGGACGAGAUGAGAACAACACACGAGACGUGGCUGGGUGGGCCCCUCAGUGCAGCCUGUAACAUGGCAUUGACAGAUGAAGCCUGGGCGGAGGAGUAAGUGGAUGAAACGCAGAUAUUAAGCCAAGACACGGCGGCUGGAUGCGAUAUGAGUGCCUCCAAGUCGAGAGAGG